UUAGUGUUUUUCGGCGCUUUUAUGGGAAGAAUACACGCGUUAAAUAUACGGAUAUCGCAUCGUUUCGUUAGACACUUGUUUGAAAGGCAAGCACCAUGUACGGCAGAAAAAUAGUUGAAUUUUGCAAUUGAAUUAGCUUAUAUACGAAAGAGUUUUGUUGGACAUUCAAAUACAAUUGACACGUGUUGAUAUUAACUGUUUCGACGAUAGUUCAAUGGAUAUUUGUUUAUACGUACUUGAUACGGAUAUGGUAUUGUAAUAAUUCAUUGUUGAUUUAAGGUAUCAAGGAUUUAAUUCAGACCAUAUUAUUUUGGAUAAGAUAUUUGUUUUGUUCAUAAAACACGAAAUUAACGGUUGCUUUAAAAACAGGUACGGAUGAGCCACUAGUUGACUACCGGGUCAGUUUCAUGUAACUGUGCAUGCAAUCAGGUCCAGUGUUGUUUGUGCCGAUCUCAGGGCAGUCAUUGCUAUUUUCAUACUAAACAAACGGUUCAAGUUGAUGUGCUGUUGAGAUCAGAAAACGUCUUUAAUAUUUCUCAACACAACAGCAACUUAUUUCACCGCAAAACUACGUCACAACUACACGGAAGUCAUGAGCUCCCCUAUCGACAUGCACGACGACAUGUCGCCCAACGGAAGUCUCUCCGACGGCGAACACGGCGCAUCCAAGCACGGCGGUGACCACGUGAAGCGGCCCAUGAACGCCUUCAUGGUCUGGUCGAGGGGCCAGCGUCGGAAAAUGGCGCAGGAGAACCCUAAGAUGCACAACUCGGAGAUCAGCAAGCGGCUGGGCGCCGACUGGAAGCUGCUCACGGAGGAGGAGAAGCGACCCUUCAUCGACGAAGCGAAACGACUGAGGGCGCUUCACAUGAAGGAACAUCCGGACUACAAAUAUCGGCCCCGCCGGAAGCCAAAGUCGCUGAUGAAGAAGGACAAAUACGCGUUUCCGUUGCCGAUGGUACACGGUUUAAAUCCCUUUAGUGGACUUCCGCCCGGCUACCCCGGGUUUGCGGUCAGUCACGCCGAAAGCGCAGCAAUGAGUCAAGCAAUUUUGAACGAAAAAAUGCGAGCCUUCCAGCCGCCGGUAAGCCUCGCGUCGAGUCUCGCCUCACAUCCGCUAUUUUCUCAUUUGGAAUCCAGUUCCGCUUCCGCUAAGUUGGACUCUGCGAGUUUCGCGCUUCGCACCUCACUUCCGGAACACAUGGCGUCGCAGAUGACUUCAUCGUUAUAUUCUCAAUAUCUCCAAGCACAGAGCGCGGCGCUGAGCUCGCUACCCGCGCCAGCGCACACCGGACAUCCGGGUCAGUAUCUGGUGCCCUGCUGCCCACCAUCUUACCUUCCCUCAAGCAAUGACAUACAUCGACCCCUGGCUUAUGUGUUAGUUAAACCAGAGGAUCACUAUAGGCAUUCCUCUGUUAUAUAGUGCUCACUACAAAUUUUAGUGGUUUUAGACAUUGUUUUACAAUAAUGUUUAUAUUGUUAUUUGCAUUUUACAUUGCGUAAUGCAUUUAUUGUCCCCUACCGGUUUCACCGGAGGGGACCUAUGGUUUGCGCUCUGUGCGUCUGUGAGUCUGUCUGUCUGUCUGUCUGUCAGUCUGUCACACUUUUUUGAAUCCUGCGAUAACUUUAAAAGUUCUUAAUAUUUUUUCAUGAAACUUGCAACAUGGAUAGAUGGCAAUAUGGACAUUAUGCACGUCAUUUCAUUUUGUUCCUACGUCAAAAAUUGUGGUUGCUAUGGCAACCAAAAAAUAAGAAUUUCUGAAAAUGGUGGAAUUUCUGACAAUAGUGUAGCCGGUAGGGGACCAUAUUGCUUGACAAUAGCCUUGUUUCAUUGAAGUCUCUGUUACAGUUUAGAGAAUGCAUAAAUUGUAUUAACGAUGUUAUUAUAUAUUUGUUAAGCAUAAAUUAGUAUUAACGAGUGUCUAAAACGCUGUUUUCAUUGUUAAAAAUCUGAAUAUUAUUGAAUAAUCGAGCGCAAAAAAAUAUUUAAAGGAUUCUUCUAUUGGAUUGGAAAACAAGUGUCUGUGUUUGAUACAUUCUUAGAAAUGUCUUAAUGUAUUCGUUUCAUUACUGAGAUUUACUGAAAAAGUCAGAUAUAAGGUGUUAGAAACUAGUUUAUGUAUCAUGAUAAUAUCUUAAAAUACGAUAAUCAUAUUGUCAUUCGUACUAUCGAAACAGUAAAAGUAUGAUUUCCAACCAUGUUAAGUAUAUGUUUCAAUUAGUUUAAUUAACUGAUGUUUUACUUUUUAAUGAAACUUGUCAAUUGUUGAUUGAUAUGUGUUUUACAUUUUUAGAUAAUAUACAUUAGUGAUGCAAUGAAAACUAAUUUUGGUUUAAUUUUUGGACUGUGAACAGUUUUAGUUUUUGAUGUCUCACUUAACAUGAAAUGAUGGUCUCAAAGUAGAAAUACCAUGUAUAUUGUGUAGGUAGGGCAGAGUCUAUUGAACGCUUUAAUGCGUUUAUUGUUGUAUCUUUGAAUUGUUAUCACAUGUUUCAAGUUUCCCAUCCCGCCAUAAACGAGAAAAACUAUUGUCAAUUGCACUGAUUAUAUACUGCAUGAACUUAGAAAGAAAAAAAGUGUAAUGAACUUUUCAAAUAUCGGACUAUUUAGAGCUUAAUAUUGCCGCUUCACAUCCGUGUGAACCUCGCUCUGGAAAAACAAGGCCUAUUGCAAUCCGCUCAGGCUAAUCAGGGACGACACUUUUCGCCUUAACUGGAUGUCGCUGAGCAGAGACUUCAUCUUAAACAAAAAAUACCCUAUAAGCGGAAAGUGUGGGACUGCACAGGCAAAUCUGGGAUGACACUUUACGCACAUGCAUGUAGCCCCGUUUCCUAGCGCGCGGCUCAUUUGUAUACUAGCAAGUUAGUUUUCAAUGAACUUAAUAAAAUCCUAAGCGCAACAAAAAAGAGAAGAAUGCUUUCGGUUUCGACAAGCCAUGUGCCAUGUGACGUCACUUUUUUCCUGCCCGUGAGGUAACGUUUGCUCCUGUUAACAAUUAAAAAAGCUGUGUAAAUAUAUUAUUUUCUACUCGUUUUUCACAAAAGUGAGUACCUUCCCGGUUAUAAAUAUCUGUGUCCAUCUUUCAAGGAAAAAGAUGCGCUAGGACGACAAGCUUGAUUUUAUUUUAUCAAAAUAAUUGCUUCGAAUGAUAGACAAUAUUUGGUGACACAAAUAGUUAUAAUUGAGGGUUUCUUCCGUAGCAAGAACUGCAUUUGUUGUUGUUUUAUACAAUCGUAUAAAAAAUAUGUUACACAGCUUUCAAACUUUCAAACGGAGUAAUUUUUACGCGCUAGCCAAACAUGACGUCACAUAUCAUGUGGUUUGAUCACACUGGGUAUCUUAAAUCAUGUAAAAAAUAUAUGUUGAAGGUUGACAUGAUCGUGAAUUGUAUAUAUUGUCGGAGAAAAUGAAAAAUAUUUUCAUAAAAAUCUAUCACUACAUACACCAUAACAAAGUGUGAUUUUUUACACAUAGAAGUAACUGUCAUACAAAUAAAACUUCGAGACUGUUUAGUUUAUACCAUUAAUUGAAACGAGUUAUCUGGCCUGUUAUAUUAAUAACAACAAUAUCAUACUUUCAUGUUCGAAAUAAUAAUACGCACAUUGUCUGUUGUGCCAUACCUUCCUUUUUCUCCAUUCUAACAUUGUUCGAACGUUGUUAUAUGAGUUUGCAUUUUUUGUUUACCCAGUCAUGCAGCAAAUAUAUCUUCAAUAAAUUGUUGAUUAUCGUAACUGAAAUCAACGCUUCAACAGUGGUACACUCAAUGAAUAUUUAAACAACUUAAUUUGAAACAGUUAAUGUGAUCGUUUGAUCUAAAUAGUUUUUCAAACGAUAUGCAUGAAAGGAACGUUUUUAAAUCUUUCAGAAACAAUUAGCGAUCAAAUGAACUUUCAAUAAUGAUGA